AUGACAAUGGCAAAUAACAAGACACAAUGUUUUACAUGUCAUGCGGAAAAAAUAACAUAUUCUUGUAAAGGAUGUUCAAAAGAAUUCUGUUUAAUACAUUUAACAGAACAUCAACAAAUAUUAAAUCAGGAAUUAAAUCAUCUUAUUAAUGAUUAUGAUCAAUUUAAACAAAAAAUUAAUGAACAAAAACAGAAUCCACAAAAUCUACAAACCCAUUCAUUAUUAAAGCAAAUUGAUCAAUGGGAAAGAAACUCGAUUGAAAUAAUUCAACAAAAAGCACAAAAUUGUAGAGAAAUUGUCAUUAAAUCAUCACAAACAUUUAUUAAUGAUAUUAAAAUGAAAUUCAAUGAUUUAUCUGAACAAAUAAAACAACUUCAUCAAGAAAAUGAAUUUAAUGAAAUUAAUUUAAAUUAUUUAAGAAAUCAAUUAACAGAAAUUACAGAAGAAUUCAAUAAUCCAUUAAAGAUUUCUAUUAAAGAAGAUUCACAGUCAUUUAUUAAGGAAAUUUCAAUUAUUUCAUCAAGAAAACCGAAAUUUAACAAAUGGAUACAAAAUGCCAUCACUGUAGCUGGUGGAAAUGGACAAGGACAACAAUUUAAUCAAUGCAAUUAUCCUAAAGGAAUUUUUAUUGAUAAAAAUAAAAAUAUUUUCAUUACUGAUUGUUGGAAUCAUCGUAUUGUUGAAUGGAAAUGUAAUGCAAAAAUAGGACAAAUCAUUGCAGGUGGAAAUAAAGAAGGAAAUCGAAUGAAUCAACUAAAUGGGCCAAGAGAUGUGAUUGUUGAUCAAAAAAAUCACUCGAUCAUCAUUGCUGAUUAUGAGAACAAACGAGUGAUUCAAUGGUUGGAUCAAAAGCAACAAAUUCUCAUUCACAAUAUUGACUGUUAUGGUUUAGCAAUGGAUAAAUAUGGAUUUCUUUAUGUUUCUGAUCGGGAAAAGAAUGAAGUGAGACGAUGGCAAAUGGGAGGAUAUAAUAAUGAAGGAGUUGUAGUGGCAGGUGGAAAUGGAAAAGGAGAUCAACGCAGUCAACUCAAUGAUCCGACUUUUAUCUUCAUUGAUGAAGAACAAUCUAUUUAUGUGUCAGAUAGAGAUAAUCAUCGUGUAAUGAAAUGGAGAAAAGGUGCAAGAGAAGGAAGAAUUGUAGCUGGAGGAAAUGGUGAAGGAGCAAAUUUCAAUCAAUUGUCUUAUCCUCAAGGAGUAAUUGUUGAUGAUCUGGAUCAAAUCUAUGUGGCAGAUUCAGAGAAUCAUCGAAUAAUGCGUUGGUGUGAAGGAAAAGAAGAAGGUGAAAUUGUUGUUGGUGGAAAUGGAAAAGGAAAUCAAACAAAUCAAUUAGAUUGUCCCAUGGGUUUAUCUUUUGAUGAUGAAAGAAAUCUUUAUGUUGUUGAUUCGGGAAAUGAUCGAAUUGAAAAAUUUGAAAUAAUUUAA